AUAAGGGGAUCUUCAGUUGAAUAUGACGGACUAUGAAGUGUCUGUGCAGCAGCUUAACGACCUUCUUUUAGACGGAAAUGGUGAAUUCUGCAGGCCAAUUAAAGAUUUCAAUGAAGUCUACCCCAGGAUUCUGCUUGGAAAUGAGUCUGUGGCAACAAAUGUGAACCGUCUGCAACAACUGAGAGUGACCCACAUUCUUAACGUCGCAGAAGGAGACUCGCUCAUGCAUGUGAACACAUGUGUAGAAUAUUAUAUGGACACAGGCAUUAUCUACCAUGGAAUACCUGCCAUUGACACCGACUAUUUUAAUCUCAGCGUAUACUUUGAAGAGUGUGCAGACUUCAUAGCACAGGCCUUGGCGUAUAAAGAAGACACAGGGAAGGUGUAUGUGCACUGCCAGAAGGGCUACAGUCGUUCAGCAGCGGUUGUCAUCGCUUACCUGAUGUUGAGACACAAGCUGGGUGUACGAGCUGCUUUAGCUACAGUGAGAGAGAAACGGGAGAUCGGACCAAAUGAUGGAUUUCUGUGUCAGCUCUGUCAACUCAAUGACAGACUUGAAAGAGAGGGAAAGUUAUAAAGCAGAGAUGGGAAAUCAUAUUUAGGGGGCAAAUUAUGGUCACAAAUGUAUUUGCAAUAUUUGUUUUGUGUAGAAAAACAUCAAAGAAGUGACUUUGUAGAAGUAGAACAGUGCAAAUAUGUUUUUGUUAAUGUGGUUAUUUAAACAUCACACAAAUACACAGAGGCCUAUUGUUCUCUCUUGCUCUCGGUUGAUCUUUAUUUAACUCUUAGUGGUUAACUCAUAUG